UGCUCUGUGAAAAGCUGCAUCACUGCCUUCCACGUCACCUGCGCCUUUGAGCACAACCUGGAGAUGAAGACCAUCCUAGACGAGGGGGACGAAGUGAAGUUCAAGUCAUACUGCCUCAAGCACAGCCAAAAUAGGCAGAAACUCGGGGAGGCCGAGUACCCCCUACACAGGGCUGCAGAGCAGAGCCAGGCCAAAAGUGAGAAAACCAGCCUGCGGGCACAGAAGCUUCGGGAGCUGGAGGAGGAGUUCUAUUCCCUGGUCCGCGUGGAAGAUGUGGCCGCAGAGCUGGGGCUGCCCACACUGGCCGUGGACUUUAUCUAUAACUACUGGAAACUGAAGCGGAAAAGUAACUUCAAUAAGCCGUUAUUUCCUCCGAAGCAGGAGGAGGAAAACGGCCUGGUGCAGCCAAAAGAGGAGAGUAUUCACACUCGCAUGAGAAUGUUUAUGCAUCUACGGCAAGACCUAGAGAGGGUUCGAAAUCUGUGCUACAUGAUAAGCAGGCGAGAGAAGCUGAAACUAUCACAGAACAAAAUACAGGAACAGAUCUUCGGUUUGCAAGUCCAGCUUAUUAACCAGGAAAUUGCUGCAGGACUUCCUUCGACAAAUGCACUAGAAAACUCACUGUUUUACCCACCACCAAGAAUUACCUUAAAGCUAAAAAUGCCCAAAUCCGCUCCAGAAGACUGCCGAGACAGCCCCACAGAGCCUGAGCCCGGACCCCUAUCCUCUGCUAGCAGCACCCCUGUUCACAGCAUAAGGAGCGCGCAGGUGCCUCAGGAGUCACUAGAAAUGAGAACGAGACCGUACCCGCGACACCCACUAGAGAGCAAAAAUAACCGUUUGCUGGCCAGUCUCGGCCACUCUAGGAGCGAAGCGAAGGAUCCCAGUCCUGCUUGGAGCGCUCCAUCUCCGGAGUUCUAUCACGGGCAGUCACUGGGGAAGCCUCUGGUCCUUCAGGCUGCCCUGCAUGGACAGUCUUCCAUGGGGAACGGGAAAAGUCAGCCUACCUCCAAGCUUGCCAAAUCCAACGGCCUGGAGGGCAGCUGGUCUGGAGAUGUCACCCAAAAAGACAGCUCGGGUGCGAUGUUCUGUGACCAGGAGUCCAUGCUCAGCUCCCACUUGGCCAGUCAGGGCACCUUUAGGAAAUCUACCGUGGAACACUUUAGCAGGUCCUUCAAGGAGGCCACCAGCAGGUGGGUGAGGACCGCAGAGGACCUCCAGUGCUGUGCAAAGCCAACCAAGAAUAUUAACCCCAAGGAGCAGCUCUGGGGCAAGCAGCUUGUCAAGCGGUCUGCAGGGAAAGCUCCCUAUCAGGAAAACGAUGGGUAUUGCCCAGAUUUGGAGCUGAGUGAUUCAGAGGCAGAAAGUGAUGGGAAUAAAGAGAAAGUCAGGGUAAGGAGAGUUAGCUCAGACAGGGAAAAUCCUCCCCAUGACUCUCGACGGGAUUGCCACGGCAAAAGCAAGACACAUCCCCUUUCCCACAGCUCGAUGCAGAGGUGAUCAGCAACCUCCAAGAAUACGUUAAUCUUUGCCUUUGCCCCAUACAUUGGGGGAAACCACACCAAAAGGAUUCUAGCGUAUGUUAGGAGGAAUUGUAGUGAAAAGAAUAAAACGUUUCCACAGUAAAUUGGCUUGCAGCUUUUGAAACACUUUCAAGUCUAGUUUUCACAAGCACAUUAUAAGAAUUGCAGAUUAUCCGGAAGUUUUCCUGCCAGAGGCUGUCGAGAACGGCUGGGCCUAGAGUACUUGCUCAGUAAAUACUUGGGGACAGCUCUCCAGUCACAUCAACACAUUGACGCACAUACGUAUUAAGAGUCCUUGCGUCCUUCAUGGAUUUGCAAGAGACCAUGAUUAUCAGACACUAAAACUACUUAUCUUUUGAAGCUACAGCGUGUGACUCCCAGAGCCCCUGUCUGUAGGCAGUUUCUAACUCCACUGGUACCUGGAAACCCGCUUCGGGGAGAGACCAGGAACCAACAUCUCAGAUACUGUCAGACUCACUACCCUCUUCCUUUGCUCUGCACAAGGUUGAGCUCUUUUUGCAGUACCUUACCAAGUCAAUACUCCUAAUGCUUCUGAGUGUCCAGUGCCUGUUCCUAGACUUGCUUGUUGGGGACGCACUUGUAACUACUUCACCCGUCUAACAAGCAUAAAAGGCUAACUUGUGGAUAGUGUUUACAAAGGUACAAAAAAAGUACUACUUCCAAGGAAAAUGCUCUGAUUCUUGCAACUUAGGCAUUUGUGAAGGAUCCCAGAGCCUUUCCCAAAGUGAGACCAAUUCUGGGGGAUUUGUACCAGGUCAGGGUUUUUGUGUUAUUGUUUUCAAAUCAGUUUGACUUAAAUAAGUUUGGCUGACAGUUUUUGUAUACCUGCUUUAAUGUUUAUAAAAUUUUUAUUGAGGUAUAAUUAAAAUAUAGUAAAAUGCACAGAGGUUAAGUAUUCUUACCUGCUUUAAUUUUGAAACAGAUUUUUAUUGUCAAACAGAAUUUGAAAGCAUGUGUUUAACACAUGGAUAUAAUUUAGCUUUGUACCAACUUUGAAUCCGAGGCAGUUUCCCAAACAAAAAGGCUGGAGCCAUUUUUCAGAAGUUGCUUAUACCCUGUUCCCAAACUAUCAGCCUUGAUUGAUUUCUGGGAGGAAGAGAAUAAUUACAUGUUGCGGGGGGGGGGGUCUAAAACAUGUCUGCUUCCCAUUUAAAGAAGGGGGAAAUGUUACAGUUUUUAAAAUGUGAAGCCGACUAUAGUUCUCUGCUCUCUUUUCUUCUUAGCCUUAAAUUAAUAUUCUCUUUCUUCUAGUUUGGGAAAGUGUAGUGGGAGUUUUCAGACAAAAGAGGCCAUUUUUAGAUUUUUAACGUUACUUGCUGGUGAACCAACAGCCCCACUGCGGUAGGCGCCGGGCAGCCUGGGGCUCCUCCGCUCUCCGCCCUCCGCCAACAUGGGAAACACAGCCCUGCUCCUCUCCCCGCUUCCGUUCCUGCAGCCUUGUUCGUGGGUUCCGUGGCUUUUGCUUUGUUCCUCCUUUUUGGAAAACUUCUGCAUUUUGCCUCCCCUUUGGCCACACCUUGACAAUGUUUCUUCUAUGCCUGUGUACGUGUGUGAACACGCCGUAGCAUGUGUGGUAGGCAUCCCGUGUUCUGUUCCGAUGGAAACAGCGAUGAAUUCUCCAAAUGAGGGAGACCGUUUCCCGUCUGUAUGCACUAGGUUCCUGUCCUUUUUCCCUGAGUUCUGCUGGGGUGGAUGUGAAUUUGACACCUUCCUGGGAAUUAAAUUACAAUGGAGCUGUGUUCUAAACUCCUUCUGUUCAAGGCCAGUACCACAGCCUGUGUCCUUUCAUGCCUUUUGGUUCUGAGUGAGUGCGAGGAAAAGCAAACAUUGAAAAAGUGCUUCAGCCAAAUUCCAUAUGUAAUGCCAUUGGGAGAGGAUUGACUAAAAUCAUUUCAGUCAGGGAAAUAUAGUUGUAAUAUUUUUACAGGAUUUUCCUAAGUAAAUGAAGGAGCCUUCAGUUGUGUAAAUUUCAAUUGCCCCAAAAUGUAUUUGCUACAUUUUGCUGUUGUUUGAAGUAUUACCUCUUAACCUUCUUUUGUUAAUUUUUUUUCAUUUUGUCUUAUAUAGUCCAGUUUUCCAAGAUAAACUCAGUCUUUUUUCAAAUGUCACCUUUUUACCAAUACUUUUUCAUUAAAUUAUGAAAACUGGUA